AUGGUCGGUAAGGAAGAGGAGGGAGCGAUGAAGAGGAGUGGAGAGGCGGGAAUGGAAGGUGAGACAAAGGAAAAGAAAGAGUUGGAGGGGUGCGAGGAAGACGGAAAAUGGGAAAAAGGGGGAAAAAGAGGCAGACCCUCGAACUUAGAGGUGCUGAGAAGAGAAAGGAAGCAAAGCAUGGGAAGCAUGUCAAAUCUAGAGGAAAUCUGGAAAAGAAAAAGAGAGGAAGGAAGUGAAGAGGGGACAACGAGAGGAAAAGAGGAAGAAGGAAGGAGGAGAACAAGCGGAUGGAUGUUCAAAGAAAGCAGCGUGACGGAGAGAUCACCAGAAAAGAAACAAGAAAGAAGAGAAGGAGAAAGAGAAGGAGAAGGAGGAUUUGGCGAAAUAAAGGAGUUAAUAAAAGAUUUAGGAAGAGAUUUGAGAGGCAAAAUGGAAAGGGUGGAAGAGAAUAUAAGAGACCUAAGAAAGGAAGUAAGAGAAGAUAUAGAGAAAGUAAAGGAAGAAGCACUGAGGAGAGAACACAGGUGGGAUGAGCAAAAAAGAGAAAUGGAAGGGAAGAUAGAAAUACUGAUAAAGAAAAUUGAGGAGAUAGAGAAGAGAGAGGAGAAGGCGACAAGGUGGAGUGAGAUCGAAGAGAAAAUGCGAAAAACUAUACAGGAAGAGGUGGAGAAAAGAAAGGAAGAGACAGGAGGCGGGAAGGUCGGCGAGAAGCUGAGUGAACUAGAAAAGAAAUGGGAGAGAAAGGAGAGAGAAGAGAGAAGGAAUAACAUAAUAAUCAGGGGCAUGAAAGUAAGGAAAGAGGAGAUGAAAGAAAAGGCGGAGGAGAUCGUAAAGCUAACAGGAGUGGAAGACGCAAUAGAAGAGGUAAAAGAGGUAGGAUCGAUAGAAAGAGGAAAAGAAGUUAGAAUGAUGCUUAUAAAAAUUAAAUCGAGUGAGUUAAAAAGGAGGAUAAUGGAGAAUAAAAAGGCGCUAAAAGGAAGAGAAGAGAGAAUAGAAGAAGAUCUAACGUGGGCGGAGAGGAAGAUACAAUGGACACUAAGGAAAAUCGGAAGAGAAGAAAGAGAGAAAGGAAAGUACAUAUGGGUUGACCACGGAAAAAUAAGAAUAGAAGGAAAAUGGUGGAAAUGGGAUGAAGAAAAGGGAAUGCUGGUUGACUGGGUGGGAAGGGAGAGGAAGGAAACUCAGAGAGGAGGACAAAGGACGGGGGAAGAGGAGCAAGGGACAUAG